AUGUUUCAACCUCCUGAACCUUUUGAUUCCAAAUAUCCAGAGUUAUGGGAAAAGUGGUUUAAGCGAUUUGAAAGGUAUAGAAUUGCAUCAGGACUGGACAAUGAACCUCAAGUAAAACAAGUGAGCUGCUUGAUUUACUGUAUGGGGCCUGAUUCUGAGGAUAUCUUAUCGACAGCACACCUCUCAGAAGAUGACAAAGCCUCGUAUGAAGCUGUAACAGAAGCCUUUGAUAACAUAUUUACUGGCAAAAGAAAUGUCAUAUACGAACGAGCAAAGUUUAAUUCGAGAUCACAACAACCAGGUGAAUUAUUUGAUAUAUUUCUGGCAGACAUAAGCUCAAUGGCCGAACACUGUUCAUUCAAGAACCUUAAGGCAGAACUAAUACGUGAUAGAAUUGUAGUGGGUAUAACUGACAAACGUUUAUCGGCCCAAUUACAAGAAGAUUCGAAUCUUACAUUGGAAAAAGCAGUUCAAAAAUGCAAACAAAAAGAGUCCAUCAGCAAACAAGCAGCUGAACUAGAAAUGAUAUGCCAAGGAAAACUUGCAGAAGUUGACCGAAUCAAAUCAGACCAAAAACAAAAUGAAAGAUUUAACAAAGCCCAAGAUUUAAAGACAGCUAGGAAAGAAUGUUGUUGGAACUGUGGAGGUCCAAGUCAUCCCAGGAACUUAUGCCCUGCUAAAGAUUUAACAUGCCAUUACUGUGAAAAAAUCGGUCACUUUGCCAAACAUUGUAGAAGCAGAUUAUUAGAGACUAAAACAACGGGCAAUACGAAAGGACUUAACGAAAUCAGACAUUUGGACAAGCCUGACAACACUGAAGCUUCAGUAGCAUAUUUAGGACCUGUGAAUGCUUCUUGCUAUGACUCCAGUUCUUGGUAUGUAGAAAUAUUUAUCAAUAACCAGUUAGUUAAAGCGAAACUUGAUUCAGGUGCAGAAGUUACAGCCAUUCCUUUAAAUGUAAUUCAUGCAAAACUUAUAAAAUCUGACCGUAUACUUAGGAAUGCUGAUCAGAGGGAACUAGAUGUAAGAGGUAUGUUUAUAGCAGACAUAGCUUACAAUGGAAAAAUGGUAAAAGAAAAGGUUUAUGUUGUUGCAGGAUUAAAUGAACCUUUACUUGGAAUUCCUGCGAUUAAAUCUUUAAAUCUCAUAACCCUCAGAAAAUCUGAUACUGCAGGACUUAACUCAAUUACCCUAGACUCUGUAUUAACUAGCCAUCCUGAGCUUUUCAUUGGUCUGGGUAGCAUUCCAGGAGAGUAUAAGAUUGAAUUGAACGAUAAUGCUCAACCGUACUCAGUUCGUGCUCCAAGAAACAUAUCAAUUCCUUUACGUUCAAAAGUGGAGACAGAAUUGAACAGAAUGUUGGACUUAGGAGUAAUAGAAAAAGUGGAGUCUCCAACUGACUGGUGUGCACCAAUAGUACCACAAGCCCAAUGGUAG